AUUUUCGCAGUGCAGCGGUCUGGCAACUCCGGCCUUCUCUUCUUCUUGCCAACGCUUCCGCUUUCUGUUCUUUUUCCUCGUGGUUUUCGACUGACAAGAUGGCUCCAACCGCCAAGACCAACAAGGGUGAUACCAAGGCCGCCGCUGCCAAGCCGGCCGAGAAGAAGGCUGCUCCCGCUGCCGCCGCCAAGGGCAAGGUGGAGAAGCCCAAGGCUGAGGCCGCCAAGCCCGCCGCCGCCGCUGCCAAGAACGUGAAGAAGGCGCCCGAGGCCGCCAAGGAUGUGAAGGCAGCCGCCGCUGCUGCCAAGCCCGCGGCAGCCAAGCCCGCAGCCGCCAAGCCCGCUGCCAAGGAUGCCGGCAAGAAGGCUCCCGCCGCCGCCGCUCCCAAGAAGGACGCCAAGGCUGCCGCUACUGCUCCGGCCGCCGGCAAGGCUGCCCCAGCCAAGAAGGCCGCCUCCACCCCGGCUGCCGCUCCUCCGGCCAAGAAGGCUGCUCCCGCUAAGGCUGCCGCCGCUGCUCCGGCUGCUGCUGCCGCUGCCGCUCCUGCCGCAGCUGCUGCUCCCGCCGUGGCCAAGCCCGCUCCUAAGCCCAAGGCCAAGACUGCCGCCCCUGCUCCCAGCAAGGUGGUCAAGAAGAACGUGCUCCGCGGCAAGGGACAGAAGAAGAAGAAGGUGUCGCUGCGCUUCACCAUCGACUGCACCAACAUUGCUGAGGACAGCAUCAUGGAUGUGGCCGAUUUCGAGAAGUACGUGAAGGCCCGCCUUAAGGUCAACGGCAAGGUGAACAACCUGGGCAACAACGUCACCUUCGAGCGCUCCAAGCUGAAGCUCCAUGUCAGCUCCGAUGUGCACUUCUCCAAGGCCUACCUCAAGUACUUGACCAAGAAGUACCUGAAGAAGAACAGCCUGCGUGACUGGAUCCGUGUGGUGGCCAACGAGAAGGACUCGUACGAGCUGCGCUACUUCAGAAUCAGCUCCAAUGACGACGAGGACGACGAUGCCGAGUAAAGAAACGCCAGUAGCAGGUCCACACAGCAGAAACACUAGGUUUACAUUCGUUUUUAUUAUAUAUCUCACGUCCUCGAGGUGGGCGUGUUUUUAUAAGCUAACAACAAGGUGUGAACCCAUGGAAAAAAUCCCUUCGGGUUCGCCGCAAUAAAACAUUUGUGUGUGAACCUCGA